CCGCACAGCUCGAAAAACGUGUACCCAGUGUGUAAUUACAAGAUUUAUCUCUCUUCCCGUUGUUAUCAAACGAGAUCUUGGAAUGCGUCGUGAAACUGAGACUAAUUUCAUUGUCAGUGACAGUGAGAUAACAGAUAAAAAUAGGCAGACCAGCUGACCGUGUGGGAUUUUUGAUUUUCCGGCCUGUUGGGAAUUGACUCCAGAUAGAAUAUUCAACACACUUAUAAUCGCAACCGAUCUACUUUUUAAUCUAUCUCUUAUGAAGGGUGAAUAGGUUCUCAGCUACCGCUAAACUGGAUUUUUGUUGGGAGAAAAUCCUUACCGUCGCAAUCUGAACAAGCUAUUCCAUCUACCAAGUUGAACAUCUUUGAAACAAAUCGGCAUCGAAGAAGCUGGGAGCCAGAUUCUGUGAACAAGGAAUAGAGCCAAGGGAGUAAAAGAACAUUGAAUAUUUGGCUGAACAAUUGAAUUUGGUGAAGCUGAAGAACCUUGGACCAGCCAUGAAUUGGAAUACCCCUGGAGCAGAGGCAUUUCCUCCCAAGGUACUCAACUUUUACAGACUUGUUUUUUUUGUGGUCCAUAUUUUACCACAAGUGAUGCAAGAAGUGUGGAAGAAGUUGAUGGACCUUUCACUGACCUUUCAUAGCUUUGAUGCUGCUCAAGCUGUGAGAGAUGUUGGCCCUGUAAAAAAUGGUACUGUGAUCCACCUUGAAAGAGAUUGUGUGAGUCUGUUUAAAGCCAUCCUCAAUACUAAAGUUCAUGCUCAACCAAAUAAGUCAGGAGAGUUGAGUUCAUUACAUGAGUUAUAUGUCAAACCUUGCAGUGGAAAAUUCCAUGACAGUAUUCAAAGUCCCACAGGAAACAAAGCAGAGACAGUAGCUUUAGUGGUAGAUCAACUUCGUUUGUUACAGAAUGCAAUUUGUCGAGAAGCUGAAACUGAAAUGGUUGAUGAGGAUAAAUUUGAUUACCUCAUAACAUUAGCACGAGAUGCUUUCAAAGCUCUUGACCUAGAUGUUUCCCUGAUUGACAAGUUUGUUAAGUUGAGUGAAGAAGACUUUCCCUCAGAGAAAUGUAAGCAAUUGCAAGAGCGAUUAAAGGCAGAAAGCUAUUAUGCAGGACAGAUCAAGGAUUUGAUUGUUAACUUUAUCGAGGUUAAAUCUGAAGACCAAAAUGAGACUUGCAGACCUAACUUUCAGUGCAUUUGUGAUGAGCAACAUAAUGAAUCUUUGUUAUCAGUUGGCUCAACAGCAUCCCUGAACUCACUUCCUGCAAGUCCUAGUGAUGCAAGAGCAAAUAUACCAGAUUACCCCCCAAAGUGGUCACCAUCUGCAUUUGAAGAAGUGUCUAUUGAAUUGAAAGAGAACACUGACCACACUAGAACUCCAUUUGAUGCUUCACCAAAGCUAUUAGCAGACGAUGAGGGGAUGUCAAGAAAUGAAGAAGGUUUGCAGACGAAAGAAGAUCACAAUGAGGCAGGAAAUGUCUCUGUGGAUGAUGGCAUUGAGAAGAGUGACCAAGAGGGCCAACAGAGUGAACAGUGUAAUGGCACAUGCCCAUGCUGUGGAAGAAAUAGUAUUGUCAUUAGCCAAUGCAAUGACAGAGUUAAUGCUGCUAACAGCUUAAUUAUUCAGUUACAAGAUGAUGUUAUUGCCUAUCAGGAUCAGUGUCCUAAACAAGAGGAUGAUAUAAGUCAGUUGAAAGAGAAAUUGACUAAAAUUGAAGAGGAAAAACAAGGACUAGAAGCUGAGGUGGGACGGCAGUUGUUCCUUGAAAGUAAAGAAAAGCGUCGUACUGAGAAGAUUUUUCAGUGGUUAGAUGAACAUGCCCAUGAGCAGAGUAUGCUUGUCAAAGCGAGAGGGGCAUCUUAUGAAGGGGAACUACUUCAUGGUGCAGGUUCCAUUGACAGAUCAGAGCAACUUAUUACUUCAAGCGAUGAAAAUGGAGAUUUUUUUGGGAGAGACACUUUUUCUUGUUUAGAAGGAAAUCUGGGAGAUGAAGGGCCUGAUAGGUCCUUAAAUGAAGCUGAUGAAACUUUUGAUGAAUUGGAAGAAUUUGGAGAAAGUAGUGAAACUAGUGUAUGUAACUAUUCCAAUGGAAACACAUAUAACAAUGGUAGUGAUUUUACAUCCUCUAAUUUAAAUGCAAAUGAUUUACCUGACUCAAAUUCUGUUACAGGCAUUAGUAAUUCAAGAUUAUCAACUGAGAGUUGUGAUUCAGUUUCUAGUUUAUCACAGUCAUCAAUCAAUUCUGCUGAUAAUGCACUGCCAUCAACUGGAGAUACAUGCUCAAUUACUACUACACUGAAUUUUGAUCAGGCUGGAAAAGCUUGGGAGAGUUCGGGCAAAAAUGUGUUCGAUGUCAUGAGUAGUGGUAUGGAGAACCAAGAAAGGUCUUUGUCAUCAUUCAUAGCAAAUAAAGAUUUUGAAAGUGAAGAGGUGAAAAGCGGGUGUGCUGCAAACUGUGCAAGAGAAAGGGAAGACCUAACUAGCUUUAAUGGUUUUUGCAAUGGUGAUCUUGUAGAUGGUCCUGUCAGUAUUCCAAAUAGAACUCAAGGUAGUUUAAAGCAAGUAGCAGUACCUAGUGCAAAUCAAGGUCCACUUCCACAUAGAGAUACAACUCAGAACCAAAAUCUCUCAGGUGCAGUGACUGCUCACCAAAUAGAUACAGUAAUAAUUCAGGGUGAUUGUUACUCAAGCAAUCAGUCAAAUAAAUGGGAACAUUCAGGGGCCAGACCAAGAGACAGACCCCCCAAAGGAAAUAGAUCCUUAGAACCAACUUCGCUCUACUCCUCAUUGGUUGACCUGGUUCCUCGACAAGUUUCGGGAGUGGCCAAUGCAUUCUUAGCAAGACAUUCUGAAGACAAAGAUCUUCAUGAAAGUUUGUAUUACAAUGAUGCAGAGAGGAUGUUGGGUGAAGAAGUUUCAUUACAAGGAGCUAAUUCUUAUAUAGGGGGCAUGUCAAACUUGGCCAACUUAAACAGAGCAAAACUGUACCCAGGUGACUGUCAAGUUGUUCCAAGGCCAGAUCCAACAUAUUACCCAUCAUAUUCUUCAGUGUUUCCUCUGACUGGUGGAGCAUCUAUCAGAGGAAAUGGUGAAGAUGGCAACUUAUUACUUAAUAGCAUAUUUAAUUGUAAUUCAGUACUUCUACCUGGAUCCUUAUACAGUUAUGUUGGAGGUAAUACGAGCACAACACAAACUGAUAUGAGCACUAAUUAUGUAGCAAAUGACUUUGCACUAGACACAAGAGAGCCUCAACUACUCCAAGAUGAGCAAUUUUCAUCUUUGCAUAGGAGUGAUAUUUUACUGUCAGGGCUCACUGGCUCAAGAUUGACUUCUGAUGUUACAGGGAUUACACGAACUCAAAUGACACAUUCUGUACUUGGUACUCAAAAUAAUUUAGGGUUGACUGGGACCACAUCAAUUUUACCCUCAGAGUCUUUGCAAAUGCAAGCAUCUGGUAGUGCUCAAACUUAUGGUAACCAGCCAAAUGCUUCAACAGUUGUUCUAACUUCAUCUUUAGCAGCAAGGGCUGAUGGAUCUGACAGCAUACUAUUAUCAGGGUUAGAACCCGGUAGAAGUACUAAUAUGUCACCAGUCUCUUCAAUCAGGAAUGGUGUGAAUACAUCAGGGCAAAGAAUUGUAAACAAUGCAUUGAACACAGUUGGUGGUCAUUUGGCCUCUGGAACCUAUAGAGAAGGAAACAGUAAUGGUAGUUCUUCAGACUCUUGCUUAACAUCUGGUGCUAAUAUAGGAGGAGAUCAAGAUCAACAUUCUGGCCAGUCUGAGGGUUCAGCACCCAAUAGGAACUAUGGCAUUGAGUCAGCGGAGUCCACUGACAACUCCUUGCUUGAAUUGGAACAGCGUGUGGAAGAAGCAUGACCUAUGGUUGAAA